AUGAGGGCUCUUAGGAGCCUGAGCAUCAGUUCUCAGACGUCACAGUUGUCCAAUGCCUCAGACACCGAUCUCGCCUCACCUUUGUCGGAAAGGCGCAGGUCAACUCUUCGCAAACUCAACCCAUACGGAAAAGGAAAGGAGGAUCUUGUCCGGCGACCUUCCAAGGCAUCUUCUGAGGAUUACAAUGAGUGUACAUCUAAUUCUACGAGACCUACGACUCCAUCGGGAAGCGGCAGCCAAGGAACAAGCAUCUCUGGUGACGCUAGCACUAUUCUCAAGUCUGGCCCUCUGCAGGAAGAAACAUCCCUCCUCAAGAACAAGCGCGAAUACGUCGUCCUGACACCGGUCGGGCUUUACAAGUUCAAGAAUCGAUCUGCUGCUACGGAACAGUUCCCCCAGGUCUCAGUGCCAACCAGUGCUAUCGAGGCUCUGUCGCCGGUGAAUUCUGUGGCUUCUUUCAAGGACCUCGGUGCCGGGGCUGAAGUCCACAUACCACUAGAGAAAGUGGUUUCAGUUUUCAGAGAUGAGGGGACCAAGCCGUGCUUCGGCAUUGAAGUAUGGUGGAAGGACUCCAGCCCAGCAUCAGCUUUCACGAGCAUAGAGCUUAAUUUUGCUCUUCCGGGUGACCGAGACGACUGGUUGAAGGAAAUUCAGCAUGCUGUGAAACAGAGAAUGAGAGUAACCUUGGAAGAAAGGACGCCGUCGGAUGUGGAGAUCGAUUUGGUUCAGAUUCUUGAAGCCAAAUACCCGCAACAGGGUGCUCAUCUGGACAUUUUCCCCGUCGUACCACGCAGGCCAUACACACGCCUAAUGGUGAAUUCGGGAGAGGUCAAGAGAGGCUGGAGGGAAGGUUCGUCAUUCUACUUGGCCUUUAGCAAAAACACGUGUCUCUUGGCCCAAUUCACACGCUCCCCAUCCGGCCAAAGGAUCAAUCCCAGCAUUGUUCAGUUUGGACUCGCUGCACUCUCAAAAGUCAGCGCCAGUCGUAACGACGAGCGGUUUGAUCUCAUCUUUCGCCUACCCCUUGACAGACCUAGCAAGCUUGAACUCUCUAGUCGGCACCAGAGGAACGUUUUAUCCCGUUUCUUUAGGGCAGAUACCUUCUUGAAACCUGCCUGGCCGCUGUGGACACGCCGCGAGAUAUUCGUCAUCGAGGGCGAAUCACAGAAGAUACCGCUCCCGGAAGGUGAUGAUUACGGCGGGUUCAAGAGAACCCUUGAGGCAUUCCUCGAGGCAUAUCACUCUGCAUCAGUAGAGUGGAAGGUUAACUGGAGAGAUGUGAAGCAUGCACCUGAGUUCCAGCUGCUACCUCCGCCAAGCGGUAAAGAGUACACCGCUUAUCAGCUACUGGCUGUUUUCCGAGCUUUACGGUUCAAUGAUUUCUUCAAGUCUCUGUCCUUCCGCGGCGUCAGUUUUGAAGCACUCUCACACGUUUUUGAUAAUACAUACCGCUUUGAGCCGACAGUAUGGCUCUCGCGGACAGGGAAACGAAGCUUGACGCGUGAUGAGUUCGAAGUCGCAGAGAAGUCCUCCAUCCUGUUCCAGGAGGUUGUGGCCAUGUUGUUGGGGUCUGAAUCGAUAAGGCAUGUGGACUUUAGUGACGUUCUGCCAAAAGCAUCCAGACGACCAACAACAGAAGUCUCAACCCCUUCCCUUAUCUUUCAAGGCUGCGAUAUCGUACCACCAAUCAUUUUACUUGUGAGAUCGCUACAGACACGGUGCAAAUCGGUAGUCCUCAACGGGAAUGCACUGGAUGCCACUGAUAUCUCAGAGUUGUAUCAAACAUUCCAGAGCCACCCGGACUGUAUGAAGGGUCUGAGUUUUUCUCGUUGCCAGCUUGACGAAAUGGCGAACAUAACUCUUUGGGAAGGUAUUCAUGAGCAGCGACAUAGCCUAGAAACACUCGAACUCUCAAACAAUCUCAGCUGUCUCGAGGCAGGUCGAGUGUCUCAGACUCUCAGGGAAUCGAGUAAGCUACGCCGGCUAGAUAUGGCAUACUGUCUAAAGGGACACAUGGAUGGCCCACUCUUCCGUCCUUGGAAUACAUCCCCAUACAGUGACGCAUGGAGGCUCGAGGAGGUCAAUCUCUCGGGCUGGAAGAUCAAUUUCGAUACCAUCACUGCGUUCCUACGGUACAUGGAGUCAGAAGAGUCCAAUUCACUCAGACAACUUGCUCUUAACCACUGUGGGAUAUCCGGGGAAGUUGCAACGGCGAUCUUUUGCCGAAUAGGCAAAGGCCGCGAUAUACAUCUGCAUUUAAACAGCAACCCACUUGAGGAUGGGUCCACCGACUGGAUUGACCUUAUCCAUGGUAAUGAGGCUCCUAAAAGGCUACAUCUCGAUAUGAUCCAAUUUAGACACGAGUCUAACUUCAACAAACUUUUGACAGCACUCUCACACAAUUCAACGAUUGAGUAUCUGAGUCUAGUGGGUACAGGUCCACCCGAUCGUGCCACACCAGCCACCUCGGAGCUCUUAUCCAAGUUCCUUGAGAGUAACACAACUUUGCAAUUCCUGGAUUUAUCUGGUUACAGUGGUAAGCUUGAGGAUGCUCAUCUCGGCUGGGGCUUGUCUGGCGCACUAGGCGGGCUCAAACAGAAUAGCACGCUGCGCCAGCUGCGUAUCCGCAACCACGACAUCGGCGCCGCUGAGGACAUUACUGAGCUUUGUCGCGUGAUUGCGGCAAACAGCAGCCUUGCAAUGCUCGACAUUCAGAGCAACAAUUUCGAUCAUCAUCAGUUUUCGAAGCUUGUCCAUGCCUUGAGCCACAAUGGCCACAUCGUGUCCUUUCCCAUCUCGCAAACUGAUCGCGAUUACGCUUUAGAGAAAGAGAGACAGCUAUUUAGGAAGCAGUUGAAGAAGGCACCGCACAAAGCUCUUUCGAAGUCAGAGGAAGCCCGUCUGGAUGGCUUACUCAAAUGGCUAAGGGACCAUUGGGAUACAGAGGUGAAAAAGGCGACCGAGACUUUGAAACGGAACAGAGACUACCUCACAAAUCAGAUGCUAGAUUUGGACGCCGAAUGUUGGAAGGCGUGGGAAGAUGAUAGUCUACCAGCCUCAUUGAGAUCCAGCCUCAGUGUUCGUCAACGAGGGAAGGGGACGGAAACAACAAGAUCAUCUGCGGCACUACAAUCCGGUCUCUUCGAUACUGACACCGCUGAAUCUCCUACCCAGCCAGGGGUUCCUGGCCGCCAUUUCAGCUAUGCAGAGUCCAAUAUGAAGACUUACACAAUUGAGGAGGAGUCUUCCACAUCGGACUCUACCCCUUCUCCCGCCAUCGAGAGUCCCGAUAGCGACGCAACACCGGUCGAAGAGGGUCGUAGGGCUAUACUACCAAGGACAAACCCAAUGGAAGGUCAGCAAAUCCUCGGUGGUGCCAGAACAGGCAGUUUUACGAUGAACAUGAUGGGAUAG